AGUGAUGCCGUAGCGUCGCGUUACGUGCGACAGAGCAAGCAAACCUAUCGCAAAGUUUCGCUAUUGUACAGCAGAUGAGUGCGCGUGGACUUUAGGACAGUCCAGUACGUCAGGACACCUCAGCCUGUCCUUCUGACUACACUACUUUGCUGGUAUCCUGAGUUAAGCUUUGUUUUGGGGACAGUGUUCGUCGUCAGUCAAACACGGAGGACUUUUCGUCGUGUCCGCGGAAAGGUUUAGUGGAUUUACCGUGUGUCCAAGGAAACGGAAGAUUACAAGCUGAUGCUGUUGAGGUGAUUCCUGAAGUACAUCUCUCUUACACGGCUCCAACUCUACAUGUGCCGGGAGCAGCGCGGAUUUAGCGGCCUGCUGUGCUGACGGACUUGGUGACAUUAGGAAUUCCUGCCUUGGUUCUCCUAUAGUGUGUCUGAUGGAUCUCAGGCUUGCCUCAUUGACGCUCGGUACACUAAUGGUUCUCCUGACCUCUGGGCCACAGCCAUCCAUUGGACAGAAGGUUUACACCAACACAUGGGCCGUCCAUAUUGAGGGGGGAGAGGAGGAAGCUGACCGGAUUGCUAGAAAGCAUAGCUUUGUGAACCAUGGGAAUGUAUUUGGAGAUUAUUAUCACUUCAGGCACCGCACGGUGGUGAAGAGGUCUUUAUCAGAGCACAGAGGCACACACAUUCGUCUGCACACAGAACCCCAGGUAAUGUGGGCGGAACAGCAGGUGGUGAAACGAAGAAAGAAGAGGGAUGUUUACUAUGAGCCCACCGAUCCCAAGUUUGCACAGCAGUGGUACUUGUACAACCAAGACCAUCUUGACCUCAACGUGAAAAAUGCCUGGAAGCAGGGUGUCACUGGACAAGGAGUCGUCGUGUCCAUAUUGGAUGAUGGCAUUGAAAAAAACCACCCAGAUCUGGUUCAGAACUAUGAUCCAGAUGCUAGCUACGAUGUUAACGAUGGCGACCCAGACCCUCAACCUCGAUACACUCAACUCAACGAUAACAGGCACGGGACGCGUUGUGCUGGAGAGGUUGCUGCUGUGGCCGAUAAUGACAUCUGUGGUGUCGGAGUGGCCUACAAUGCCAGGAUCGGAGGUGUGCGUAUGCUGGAUGGAGAAGUCACUGAUGUGGUGGAGGCUCAGUCUCUCAGUCUCAACCCACAACACAUUGACAUCUACAGCGCCAGUUGGGGACCCGAAGAUGACGGCAAAACUGUGGAUGGGCCUGCAAAAUUGGCCAAAGAGGCUUUCCAACGCGGCGUAAUAGAGGGCCGUGGUGGACGGGGCUCCAUCUUUGUGUGGGCUUCGGGGAACGGUGGCCGCAUGAAGGACAGCUGCAAUUGCGACGGCUACACCAAUAGCAUCUACACUCUGUCCAUCAGCAGCAGUACGCAAAACGGCAACGUGCCCUGGUACAGCGAGGCCUGCUCAUCCACCCUCGCCUCAACCUACAGCAGCGGAGGCGUCAAUGAGAAACAGAUUGUCACUACAGACCUCAGGCAGAAGUGCACAGACUCCCACACCGGCACCUCGGCUUCAGCCCCUCUGGCAGCAGGAAUCAUCGCCCUCGCCCUGGAGGCCAAUAAAAAUCUAACCUGGAGGGACAUGCAGCAUCUGGUUGUGAGGACGUCCAACCCUGCCCACCUCACCACCAAUGACUGGAAGAUAAAUGGAGUGGGUCGGCGAGUAAGCCAUUCUUAUGGAUAUGGUCUGCUGGACGCUGGGGCCAUUGUAGCCUUAGCAAAGAACUGGACAAAUGUGGGACCUCAGCAUAAAUGUGUCCUUUCCCUGGUGUCUGAGCCCAGGAAUAUCGGGAGUUAUUUGGUCAUCAACAAGACUGUGGAUGCGUGUACUGGGAUGGCCAACUUUGUGAGCUCAUUAGAGCAUGUUCAAGCGCAGCUGACACUGUCCUACAACCGCAGAGGAAACCUGGCCAUCUAUCUGAUCAGCCCACAGGGGACCCGCUCCACACUGCUUCCUCCCAG